AUGAGUUCCGAAGAGAAAGUGAGAACCUCCGGCGAGGUCUCUCGUCCGGAACCAACUCUUCCCACCGUCAACCCUGCCGUCGAAAAGCCAGAGCCUCCUAAGCCUACUUUCCACCCUGCAGUCUACGUUGCCGACGACGCCAGUACCUGGAUCACCCUGAGUUCAAGUGUUAUCUUGUUCAACAAGCACAUCCUUGACUACGCUCAAUUCCGGUUCCCUAUCAUUCUCACAACAUGGCACUUGGCUUUCGCAACUUUCAUGACCCAGGUCCUCGCUCGCACUACAACCCUCCUCGAUGGCCGCAAGACGGUUAAGAUGACUGGCCGCGUUUACCUCCGCGCUAUUGUCCCCAUCGGUCUCUUCUUCAGUCUGAGUUUGAUCUGUGGUAACGUGACAUACCUGUAUCUCUCGGUUGCAUUCAUCCAGAUGCUCAAGGCAACCACUCCCGUCGCUGUUCUGCUUGCUACUUGGGGUAUGGGCAUGGCGCCUGUCAACCUCAAGGUUCUCACCAACGUCAGUGUCAUUGUCGUUGGUGUCAUCAUCGCUUCGUUUGGUGAAAUCAAGUUCGUCUUCAUCGGUUUCCUCUUCCAGAUUGCCGGUAUCAUCUUCGAGGCUACCCGUUUGGUCAUGGUCCAGCGUCUGCUUAGCUCCGCUGAGUACAAGAUGGAUCCUCUUGUCUCCCUCUACUACUUUGCCCCCGUCUGCGCUGUGAUGAACGGCGUCACUGCUCUGUUCCUUGAGGUUCCCAGCCUGACCAUGGACCACAUCUACAACGUCGGUGUCUGGACUCUUUUGGCCAACGCUGUUGUUGCCUUCCUGUUGAACGUCUCCGUUGUCUUCUUGAUCGGAAAGACUUCCUCUCUGGUCAUGACGCUCUGCGGUGUCCUUAAGGAUAUCCUCCUUGUCGUCGCGUCUAUGAUGAUCUGGAACACUCCAGUCACCGCUCUCCAGUUCUUCGGUUACUCGGUUGCUCUCAUUGGUCUCGUCUACUACAAGCUUGGUGGCGACAAGAUCAAGGAGUACACCAGCCAGGCCAACCGUGCCUGGGCCGAAUACGGUGCUACCCACCCCGCUCAGCGCCGCUUCGUGAUCAUCGGUGCCGCUCUUCUCAGCUUCUUCCUGCUUGUUGGCUCCAUGGCACCCAGCUACGCUCCUGACUCGGUUGCCAACGUCAAGGGCAUGCUUGGUGGAGCCAGCGCUGGUAAUGCUUAA